CCUGAUCCAAAAUCAACAAGCACAAAAGCGAACGAUAAUAAUAGAACUUAAACAACGACACGCCAAAUUCUAAUUUAGCACAGUCUCAACGUGCUCUAAAAACGAGUGGUGUAAGUGAAAAUAUCUCGUUGGUUACAAGCAUAAUGGGACCAACAAGCAUUUGCAUCACUCGAAGCCAUACGUACACUUAUCUCCGCAUUUUCCCAUCGGUCUUCAUAAGUAAUCAUACCUAACCCACCUCAUUAUAUAAUACCACCCUUUGUGUCACACAAAUAAACACCAUAAACUAAACAAUAAACCAUACAAAAAAAUAUGAAAAUCCUCUCACUUUCACUACUCUUGCUCUUGGCCGCUACGGUCUCCCACGUCCAGUCUUCGGCAUCCGUUCCAGGGCUCAUCGAACUCCUCGAAUCGAACACCAUCUUUGGGAACGAAGCCGAACUCUUAGAGAAAGAGGGACUGUCCAUCAACUACCCCAACUGCAGAAGCUGGCACCUUGGUGUUGAGACCUCUAACAUCAUAAACUUCGACACGGUGCCCGCAAAUUGCAAAGCCUAUGUUGAAGACUACUUGAUCACUUCCAAACAGUACCAAUACGACUCCAAAACUGUAAACAAAGAGGCAUAUUUUUACGCCAAAGGACUUGCCCUAAAGAACGAUACCGUCAAUGUUUGGAUCUUUGACCUAGACGACACUCUCCUCUCUAGUAUUCCCUACUACGCUAAAUAUGGAUAUGGGACCGAGAACACAGCCCCGGGGGCGUACUGGUCGUGGUUAGAGUCCGGAGAAUCAACUCCAGGACUCCCGGAGACCUUGCAUCUAUACGAAAACCUCUUGGAACUCGGGAUUGAACCCAUCAUAAUCUCUGACAGAUGGAAAAAAUUGUCAGAAGUCACUGUCGAGAAUCUCAAGGCUGUUGGUGUAACAAAAUGGAAGCAUCUCAUACUCAAGCCAAACGGAUCGAAGUUGACGCAAGUGGUGUACAAGUCAAAGGUUAGGAAUAGCCUUGUGAAGAAAGGGUACAACAUCGUUGGGAAUAUUGGAGACCAAUGGGCUGAUUUGGUUGAGGAUACUCCUGGAAGGGUUUUUAAGCUCCCAAAUCCACUCUACUACGUACCUUCUUAAUUAAGCAUCUAUCUUCAUGGCAUUGUCCCCUUGUAUCCAUUUCAUAUCUAUGUCGUUUCGUUUAUCUUUGUAGCCGUUUUGGCACCACUGCUUAAAUAAAAUGCCAAUCCUAUCAUAACUCAAUAAGUACAACGACUUCGUACUAAAUUUUGUUUUUCGUUAAAGGGAUCAUUAAUCAAGUUUCCAUGAAAUG